UUAAUUUUGUUUUAGAUUUUAUUUUCUGUAUUUUUCUUAUAUUUUUCUCUUCUGCAGAGAAUCGAUCGAUCGACAUAAAAAGUGAUCGAUCUAACUUUCGAUCGAUCGACUAAAUAUUCGAUCGAUCGACAUUUUCUGGCAGUAGCACUUCAGCUGCCACUGCACUGCGGAAUUGGUUAGUUUUUCUUCUCUUUUCUUUUUAUUUCUUUUCUGUACCUUGUAUAUAUAGAUUACAUUUCAUUGGUGCAUGUUUGGUCGUCGUUCAUUGUCAUUGCCUAUUUUUCCAUACGACCCAAACUUAGAGCGGAUUUCUAGACGAAGUAGAUCCAAACGGAACUCACGUCUAAGAGCCCAUUCUAACUCACCAAUGGCUGAAGAACCAAGGCCUGUGUUGUUAAGGGACCACUAUGUUCCCUCAACAUACACACCUACUUCAAGCCUUCAGUUGCCAGACAUUACGGCAGCUCAUUUUGAAAUUAAGUCCGGAUUUAUUCAAAUGCUUCCUUUAUUUUACGGACUUAAUACUGAGGAUCCUUAUAAGCAUUUAGAUGAAUUCAUAGAAAUCUGCUCCACCAUAAAGUUGCAGAAUUUUACAGAGGAUGCUUUAAGGAUGCGUUUAUUUCCGUUCUCCUUAAAAGAAAAAGCUAAGUAUUGGUUGACUUCCUUAGAGACUAACUCCAUUACUUCUUGGGCUCAGAUGCAACACGAGUUCCUUAAGAAGUACUUUACCAUAGGGAAGACCAAUCAAAUACGAAAAGCCAUAAUUGGUUUUUCGCAAAUAGAGGGAGAACCUUUUCAUGAAACUUGGGAGAGGAUGAAGGACCUUUUACGAAAGUGUCCACAUCAUGCUGUUCCCAAGUGGCAACUUGUACAGUGCUUCUAUGAUGGCUUGACUGAGCCACAUAGACAGAUGGUAGAUGCCUCAUGUGGGGGUACGUUUAUGUUAAAGAGUGAGGAUGCUGCAUGGACACUUUUUGAAAAUUUAUAUGAAAAUUCUUUACACCAUUCAUCAUCCGGUCGUAGGACAAACACUAGGAGCCAAACUCUUUAUGAGGUUUCCCAACCUUUGGACUUGAAUACCAAAGUGGAUGCCUUAUCUAGAAAAUUAGAUCAAUUACUUGCAUCUGGUUUUGUUCCUACAACUGUAUCUCAUAUACACACACCACAUGAUGCAUGUUCAUUUUGUUCCGAUCCAUCACAUCAGGCCGGAAAUUGUCCUAUUGUUGGACAGUCUUCUGAGCCUCAUUUUGAGCAGAUGAACGCAGUUUACUCUAGACCGGUUAGUGAUCAUUUUAAUUCUUAUAACCCGGUCUUGAGAAACAAUAGUAGUGUGUGGCGGCCGAACAUUCCACAAAAUAAUGGACUGCAAAACCAAGCAUAUCAGCAGUCCAACAAUCAGUUUUACCAGCCGCCACCUAAUAGUCGUCCUCCCAACCCACAAUAGCAAUCAGCCCUUCCACCUCCUAGAAAUUUUGCAUUUGAGGAAAAGGUGUUGACUAGUCUCAGUAAAUUUGAGUCUCAGACUCAAAUUCUGAAUUCCCAUUCUCAGUCUAUAGCAAAGCUAGAAAUCCAACUCGGACAACUAGCUAAGUCCUUUAGUGAGAGAGAGAAAGGGAAGUGUUCUAGUCCACCAGUUUUUAAACCUAGGAGUGGAGGGGUAGUCAUUGAUCCAAAGGUAGGAGAGACGAAGACUGAACAAAUAGGGCAAUUAGAAAAGAUCAAACUUGCCAAGGGUAAAGGAGUGUUUACCGAAACACCACACUCCAACACACAAUUCCUUGAGGCAUACUUUAAACCUGAAGUGCCUUACCCUUUAAGUUUCAAGGAUUCUAGUGGGCACGAAACAAUAAAUUUUGCCCAACCACUGCCAGACAUAAAUCCAUUCAUUAGCAGUGAAUUUUGAAGGGUCUGGCUGAAGACGUUAAACUUAGCGCUCUUGGGAGGCACCCCAAGUAACUCUGUUCCAUUGUUUAUAUUUCAUUCUGUUGUUAUUUUUAAUCUUUCUUUUUAGUUUUGUUUUUCAGGUUAAGUGUUCCUACCUCUAAGUUUGGGGGUAUGCUUUGAGCCAUAUCUCCCCAUUCAGGUCUUAAUUGAAAUCUAGUUCAACACACCUGAAUUAGACCUGAAAAUACAACAAGGGCGAUUUGGUCAUUUCCAGAGUUCAAAGUUGCUCCUGCCAAGUGAAGAAUCGGCUAAGGCAAAUCGAUCGAUCUACUUUAUAAUCGAUCGAUCGAAUCAUCAGUCGAAGAAAAAUCGAUCGUGCGACAUGCGAUCGAUCGAGAUAGGGCAACCACGAAUGCGAUCGAGCGAAGUGCGAUCGAUCGACUUUAUAAUCGAUCGAUCGAAUUUGGAUAUUUUCGGAACAAUCUGGAACAAUGUUGACAUGUCACUCUUUUAGAUAUUUUUAGAUAUUUCUAGAUAUUUCUUAGAUAUUAUUAGAUAUUUCCAAAAUAUCUUAGAUAUUUCAAAAUAUCUUAUCUUAUCUUAUCCUAUCUUAUCCUAUCUUAUCCUAUCCUAUCCUAUCCUAUCCUAUCCUAUCCUAUCUUAUCUUAUCCUAUCCUAUCCUAUCUCUUAUCUUAUCUCUUCUUUAGAUAUUAUUUUGUAAAUCUCCUCCUCUAUAUAUAUGAGGCAUGGGUGAGAGUAAUAGGCAUGCAUCUUUUGGGAGCUUCAAUUGUCUCAGGUGUAUCUUAGUUAAUUUUAAUGCUUUUCAUUUCCUUUUGUAAUCCGAAUUCUCUUUGAUUAAUAUAGU